UGAAACUCAGUUUCAUCAUUCAUAUUUUCAUUCUGUACAAAGUUAAUUUGACUUUUAACUUGGUGUUUCCAUAAAAUAUUAGCUUUUUUCAACGAGAAAACUUGACCAAUGGUCAUUUUCCCUUUUGAUACUUUGUGAUUUACAUUAGAUGAGAAAAUGACCCUUCCCCUGAGGGUCAGUGAGGCUCGUCGAUUGGAAAAGGCUUUAUUUCAAAAUGGUAAUAACAACAAUCACAUUAUUGUCGAUAUCUUGACCUCUCUCAAUAGUGACCAAAGGUUACAAUUGGUGUCAACAUAUGAGAAACUUUUUGCUCGACCUUUAAUCCUUGAUUUACAAAGUGAAUUAGGAGGUUUAUUUGAAGAUUCAUGUGUAACUUUGGUCAAACCAUAUCACGAACUGAAUGCUGAUAUUAUCUAUUCAUCGUUAGUGGGAGAUAAAUUCACAUUAUUACCAAUCAUUGAUGUUUUUUUUACUCACACCAAUGGUCAGUUAAACAAGAUCCGGGAACAGUUCAUUGAAAAGUAUGGAGGUGAUAUAAAUGAGUAUUUGAUUAACAUCCCAGAUUCAAAUCUAUUUGAAAUUACCAAUCGGAUAUUGAACAUUGAUCGUGACUCGGACGAUUCAGUUGAUCUGUAUCUUGCCUACGAAGAGGUUGACCAGUUGAAUUCAUCUGGCCUUGGACUUUCAUGGACUCGACAAAACGAGUUUCUUGAUCUACUUUGCACUCGAAGUUUCGAUCAACUUUCCUUGACCAUGAAAAUUUAUCACCAAGUGACCGGUGGUCAUCUUCAAGAUGAUAUCAGUCGUUACUUUGAUGGCGAUCUACAUGAUAUCUUUUCAUCAAUCGUCUCUUGCAUCCAAUGUCCAGUUGAUUAUUUCGCUGGUCGGAUCAAUGAAAGUCUCAAAGGAUCAUUGAACAACGAUCAGAAUAUAAUUAAUAUUUUCGUAACUCGAUCAGAGAUUGACCUUUCGCAGAUCAUUAAACGAUAUUCAUCGAUAUUUAGGAAACAAUUAAAAGACGAAAUUAAACAAUCAAUGAAAGGUGAUUUUCGUCGACUUUUAUUGUCACUUAUUCGUAAAUCAGAGCAAACUAAUUACACUGAAUCUAAUUAGAGAUCAAUUGUUAAUUAGAGGUUAGUAAUCAAUGUAAUUACUAUUAAUAAUAAAUAGUAACAAUUAAAUGGUAUCUUAGCCGAUUGAUUUGAUUAGUUGGUCAGUAUUUAUUAAUAUUUUUCAUGAUAAUUUUGGAACUUCACAAAAUCAGUUAACUAUUAAUUCUGUCUGAACGGAAGUAACUUUUUUUCAUUGUCAUCAUGAACAUUACCAUGUUCUCAUCCUGAUGAUAUUACUUUGAAUAAUAAUGGUGAAAAUCAUUGUAUUCAGACAAAGGUUGAACUGUUGACUGAUUUAUCCGAUAAUGAAAACAAGGAAAUGAAUAUGAAAUUGAUGCUGAAAUUCAAAGGUGAAAUUGAAAUAUAUUUCAUUUGUGAAUUGAUGCUAAUGAUGAUGAUGGAAAGAGGAUAAAAGGUGUACUGUCAAGGUAGAUUAUCAGGUAAACAAAUGAGAAUACAAUUGACUCAUAAUCGUAUCAUGAAUUAAAUGAAAUCAAGAAUAAGAGGAAAAUUUCAUUGUAAUUUUGAUCUUUGAUAAUAGUAGGAAGUGGUUAUUGAAACAAAAACAAAUUUCACGCAAAACGAUAAGAUGAUUAAGAUGAUGGAAGAUGAGAGAGAGAGAGAGAGAGAGAGAGAGA